GCGAUGGAAGAAUUCUUGGCAGCUGCAAAAUUGGGGCAAAAGAUGGCACAAGACGGCAUCCAUACUCAAGAGGAAAUCGAGAAACAGUACGUAAAGAUGGCUCAGUUGUUAGAAGAGAUGCUAGAUUACAUGUACAGUGCCAACAACGCCUACAGCUUCCUCCAAGCUAAAGGCCUUGAAACUAUAAUCGUACCAAACAUGCAUAUCACCUUCUCGCAACUAAGAACUUCACUACUCCAGUUAUUAAAAACUCUCUUCGAUAUAGCGCCAACCACAACAGUUACUGUCAUCCCUGACAUCAUUCUAGACAAAUUAGUCGACAUAUAUGAACAAGAUGAUGACAUAGACAACAAAAUUCUUGCAAUAGAACUAUUAUCGGUCUGGCUUCCAGGAAACCCUCAAGCCCAAACGCGCGUCAUGAAAAUGAGGGGUCUCCUGCCGUUUUACAAACAACUGGCAAAACUGGAUCCACUGCUGACGAAAUUGACGUUAGAACUUUUCAAUAAAAUUGUGAACGAGCAUAUCACCGCGAGGAAUAAAAAACUGCAGAGGAAUAUAGCUGAUUAUAAGACUUUCCAGAUGUACCAGCAGAUUGGUUUGAUUGAGCGAUUAUCUACACCUCUGUUGUGUAAUGGUUUGCUAAAGAUUUAUGAGGCGGUAUUUUCUACUGGUUCGCCAUUUAAGGAUAAUAAGGAUAUGUUACCUCCCAUGUUAAAUCUGCUUCUGAUCAUAAAACCACAUUGUUCUAGAGUGUACAACGGCAGGUUUAAAGUUGAAACACUGAUUAACCGAGUGUUAGAAAAGGUGCAAGAACCAAAUACAAGGGAAUAUCUGGAAAAACAAAUGGUAAAUGUUACAGAAGUCAUAGAAAGCUUGACCGAAUUUGUAGAGUUAGUGAAACUGAGAGAGCACACUGAACUUUGAGGCAGUUU